UCGUUUCGUCCGUCAUUUUUGAUCUAUAGAUUUUACAAAUCUCUGUAAAUUGCAUUGAUAGUUUUGUGCAAUUAUUUAGUGAUUUUAUUGAAAUAUAAUUUGUUGUUGCUUAAAAAUCCGUUAGCUGCUUUAGUGUCGACGUAAGCUGUAGGAAAAAAACAAUGUCCGGGGAGCCCGAAGUAGCCCACACACCCGAGGGUGAGGAGGAGGAAAUCAAGUCCACAUACAAACCUCCCCCAGAGAAGACCAUCGAGGAGAUCUUGGCUGCUGACCAGGAGGAUGAGUCCCUGCGGAAAUAUAAGGAGGCUCUGUUGGGGCAAGCGCAAACUGGAACUGUUAUUGUUGACGCGUCGGAUCCUCGCAAGGUUAUAGUGAAGAAGCUGGCGCUGUGCGUCACGGGCAGAGACGACGUGGAACUGGACCUUUCCGGAGACUUGACUGAUCUUAAGAAACAGGUGUUCGUCAUCAAGGAGGGCGUGCAAUACCGGAUAAGGAUCGACUUCAUCGUGCAGCGGGAGAUCGUGCACGGCCUCAAGUACGUGCAGAAGACGUAUCGGCUCGGAGUACCAGUGGACAAAAUGACCCACAUGGUCGGCUCGUACCCGCCCAAAACCGAAAUCCAAUCCUACACGACGCCCCCCGAAGACGCCCCGUCAGGCAUGAUGGCGCGCGGCUCAUACACCGUCAACAGUCUCUUCACCGACGACGACAAAAACGUCCACCUGCAGUGGGAGUGGAGCUUCGAGAUCAAGAAGGACUGGAAGGACUAAGCUGGGUGAGUCGCUGGAUUGAGUGCCAUUGGGAUAUUUUUGAAAUGGGAUUGAGGGAGAUCUGGAUACACAAAGCAUGGGCUCCACGGCUCGGAGUAAAUGAUCAGUAGUUCGCCUGUUUCUCUGUUAACCCUAUGUAACUGUCAAAAAAUUGACAAAUUAAACUUUGAUAAAAAUAGUCGGCGUAUUAUACUUCCAAUUUUAUCACUUAUCCACAUGGAUAAG